CUUGUGUUUAUCAUAACUAGUUCCAAGACACGGACUCGGGCAAUCCGUCAUCCGUUGAGGCCAGAAUCGGCGGGAUUUUACGUCAGUAGGGUACUUUCUGAAUACUGUUUUGUUAGUGUGCCUGUGAUCCUAUUAGUAGUACCCGGCAUGAAAAUGCACGGCCCACUUUGCCGGGCGCUCGCAGUGUUGGCAAUUGGCCUGAGUGUCGCGUUGCUGGGCGUGGACGCGGGCAAGAACUGGCAGGGCCAUGGUCCUCGCGAUAAGAGUCUGCAAAAGCCCCGCGAGGGCCGGCGCACGUCUUUCAACCACGUCCCGGCGCCGCUGAAGAAGGAGCACGAGCUGCCAAAGAACUGGAACUGGUGCAACGUGGAUGGCGUCAGCUACUGCGUCGCCAACUGGAAUCAGCACAUCCCCUACUACUGCGGCUCUUGCUGGGUGCACGGCACAUUGUCGGCCAUCCAGGACCGCCUGAAGAUCAUGAAGAAGGGUGAGACGCCGGAUGUGAUGCUGGCGCGCCAGACGCUGCUCAACUGCGCGGCGUUCGAGGGCUACGGCAACGGCUGCGACGGCGGCGACACGGUGGACGUGUUCGGGUACAUGACCGAUUUCGGCCUGCCUGACGAGGGCUGCAUGACCUACAACGCCACCGACCACACCAAGUUCCCCGGCCACAAGCGCUGCCCCGCGCAUGGCGAGUGCAACAACUGCAUGCCGCUGGACGGCGUGGAGACCUGCUGGCCCAUCCACCGCCCCAUCCGCUACUACCUCACUGCCUGGGGCCAGGUCGACAAGGGCGUGGAGGCCAUGAUGAGUGAGAUUUACCACCGCGGCCCCAUCACGUGCGGCCAGGUGUGCCCGGAAGACUUCACGUGGCACUACAACGGCGGCAUCUACAAGGACACCAGCGGCGACACGGAGCUGGACCACGAUGUGGAGGUUGUGGGCUGGGGCGAGGAGGACGGCGAGAAGUACUGGAUCGUGCGCAACAGCUGGGGCACCUACUGGGGUGAGCGCGGCUUCUUCCGCGUGCGCCGCGGCGACAACAGCCUGCAGCUGGAGAGCGGCGACUGCUGGUAUGGCGAGCCCGAGUGGCAGAUGGAGCAGGACGUGCGCACCGGCAAGCUGCACGGCGGCAUGUGGGGCAUCAAGGACCGCAACGACCCCGACGACCUCGCCGCCGCCGGCACCAGCCGCCUGGCCGAGGCGGCGGCCGCUGCCGUGCGCCGCGGCGCCACCGGCGGCUCAGACUCCAGCCACCGCCACGUCAUCCGCGCCGCCGCCGGCGAGCAGCAGUAAGCGCUGCUGCAGCGCGGCGGCCGCAGCGGUGGCGGGGGCGGUGGCGGGGGCGGUGGCGGGGGCUAAAGCUCCAGAUGUGCUUGCUACUGCCGUGCGAUUGCGGGUGUGAUUGGUUCGAGGAGGAUGGGCCGGCUGGCCUGGAGGCGGCUGGAUCGCAGGGGCUGUGUGUACCGUACCAGUGCGCGUCAGUGGGUUGCGCAUUCAUGUGUGGGGCCUGUGCCGGCGGCAGCAGAAGAAUGGUGGUCGGGAACGAACUGCUGCUGGUACAUUCAUGUCGUAGUGAUCAUGCGGCUGGCUCUCUGGAGGUAGCCAGCAGACGUGCUGUGUGGGCGAGAACGUGGGCCUACGCGUGCGUACGGCACGGCCCCAGGCUUUCAAGCUCCCAUCUCCUGUUACUUCGGGGGACAGGGUUUGGCUUGCUGUGAUGUUGCCUUUUGUGUUGUGGAACGUGUUCGCGGGGCAGGCGGCGGUGGCCGUGACCCUGUCGCCUGGGCUCCUGCGGCACCAUAGCUAUGAGGAUCAGCUACAAAUGCAAAUUAACCGCGUGCCGUAGGAGGCUGGCACGCUGCAGUUGGAGAUGGGAAUGGUCAGGUCCUUGCUGCCAGGGACUGUCGCGUUGGAGCUAGCAAUGGACCUGCGGGCCCCAGCUUCGCAGCGGGGUAGGACACUGCUAGUUACAGCCCGUCACCGCUCCCGCUCCGGGAAGCACGCGACCAUUACCCGCUGU